GAAAUCAUUUCAAGUCAGACGAGUUAUAGUCGGUUUAACAAAGCGCUCACCUGUUGGUAAUCGGAUGAGGUAGUCAUAUUUAAGGGUUCACACGGACACAGAUAGAAGUGGAAGGCGUUUCAUCAGCAGGAGCAGACCAGUACCGGGUUUUUAUUUUUAAUAUACCUGCCUGCCUUUAAGACAGUUGCCAAACAAACUUAGUUAUUUUUCAAAAAGCAGAUAAAUACAAGCGUACGCAAUAAUGGCAGCAGCAGCCAUGGCACGCGUGUGGUGCUUCUCAUUUGCCUUGACAGUCGCCGUUUUGGGAACCACUGGAGAAGGACGAGACGGCUGCUCGGAUAUUUUCGAGGACCUCCUCGGUGUUGGACUGGACCCCAAGUCUUUCGACAGCGGCGCUGUCUAUGCAGCCCACCUCGACGACAUCUCGGACGCGGAGAGCUGCGUGAAAGCUUGCUGCGGUAACAGCCAGUGCAGUCUGGCGUUGCUGGAUCGCUCCGAGGCGAGGGCUCGGUGCCACCUGGUACACUGUGUCGCGGAGGGCACCGAAACGGACGCCUGUAUCGCCACUCCCAACGCCGCUUACGACAGCUACCGCAAGCGAGAAGGCGACAGCAGGUCUUCCAACGACGAUGAAGAGAAGUGCCACGCCCCAAUCAAGGUGGGGCCCUGCCGCGCCGCCUUCCCGAGCUUCAACUACGACCCCGUGAACCAGACCUGCAGGGAGUUCAUCUACGGGGGCUGCGAGGGGAACGCCAACAACUACAACAGCAGAGAGGAGUGCGAGCGCGCCUGCGCUGGCGUCGGAGCUGACGAGGCCUCUCCCAACAACACCCUCCUGUUAUCCAAGAGAAUGGCCGGGCCCAUGAAACUUGAAGAUCCCGCCCAGGAUACUGGACUGAUCAAAGAGUACAGAGACUCGUGUGAGGUGGCUCCUGUGGUUGGUCCGUGUCGAGCCUCGAUGCAGCGUUUCUUCUAUAACUCCACCUCCGGCUCCUGCCAGCACUUCAUCUACGGGGGCUGCAGAGGGAACGACAACAACUACCGAACGCAGGCAGAGUGCCAGGCCAAGUGCUCCGAGAAUAGACUUCCUGCCCACCUGCCAGUGAUGAAGCCAACGUCUGCUGAAUACAAAGAUCACUGCCUGGCUCAGAAGGAGGUGGGGCCGUGCCGCGCUGCCUUCCCCAGCUGGUACUACAACUCUGCCACCCAGGACUGCCUGCCCUUCAUCUACGGGGGCUGUGAGGGCAACCUCAACCGAUACAGCUCCGCCCAGGACUGCAUGCGCAGCUGUGCCGGGGGGGCAGAAGCACAUGGUGAGCAUCAUAGGCACAGUUUCCUAAACCACCACACAGUGUAUGUCCUUACCGCGGUGCUGGCAGUGGUGGUGGUGAUACUGGUCAUGGGGCUGAUCUUCAUCCGUCUCAGAAAGGCGCGAGAGUGCCAUCUGCUGGUUGUCGACGACAAAGAGGAGCUGCUACCUUCCUCCAGGAGCGAGAAGGCCUAGGUGGCAAAACCAACGCCCCCUGUUUCAUCUCUCUUUGCUCCCCCACUUCCACACUCCCUUUCUCUAAACCUUCCUUUUCCCUUCACUGCCCUACCACCACCUUCUGUCACUCCAUCAAAGCCCUACUCCUUCAGGGCAAGCUACAGGGGCUACCCACAAGCUUGAAUAAAGAAAAUUGCUCUCCUCAAUAUCCUGUGCAAACGUUUCUAAACUUGUGUACUUCAGUUUUCACAGCACAUAAGCCUAAGGUAGUAAGUUAGUAAAUGGUACGGUAAUAGGUGUAUCUGUCCACCAGGUGUCACUGUUGUGCUGUGUGCCCUGACUGCCCAAGACGGCAGCACAAAACUACUUUUUAAAUUUGAAUGUGGAACUAAACCAGUGUUCCUCAAUCCUCAUUGAGGAAGGUCUUGUUUUUUUAAAUCCUGUAGGAUGACUUGUAAGAAUUAAGAGGGGGUUUGGAAAAUGGAUUAUGAAGUAGAGAGUGAUCAUUUGCUAUAUAAUUAUACUACAGAUAAACGGCCUUGGCAAACCAUCCACCCUCCACAAGGUCACAUAUUAUAUAAUACAACUGCGCUGUGUUUGGGAUUGUGUCUUUUUGUAACUUUAUUUUAUUGACCUAUAGUCUAGCUUUUUAUUAAAUAUAUUUUAAGUGUGUUCUUGAUCUUACAAUUAAGAUUUUUUUUUUUUAAGAUUAUAAACUAACACUGGGGGGGGGGGGAAAUGUUUUAAAUAUAUUUGUGUUGCUAUACACCCAUGACAGGCCAGUCUGGUAUAAUCCACUUCUUCCUCAUCUUGCCUAUCACCCUAAUUCCUGCUCCUUGAUCCCCCUUUCCUAACUAUUUCCUGGCACUGACUUGAAAUGACCUAAAUUCGUUUGCUUUCCUUUCAUCCUUUGACAAGACUGGCAUGAUUGUACAGCUCAAAUCUUGCCUUUUGAUAACUAUUUUAAAGAAUUGUUUCAAUGGUCUGUAUGAUGAAUUGAUAAGCUGUCUCAAACAGUAGAUUAUAACUUUGUGUGCGGUUUCAUUUAUAAUGGGGUAUUGUUAUUUUAAAGUGGGGUGUUGGCAAAACAUGAAACUUUAACAUUAUGAAAUCAUGUACUUUUUGGAUAUUCUAGACCAGGGGUGCCCAAUCCUGGUCCUGGAGGGCCAGUGUCCUCCUGGCUUUUGUUCCAACUGUCCCCUAAAUUACUUAAUUUAACCAAUCAAAGACUUAUUAGAAGCUUAAUUGGUCAAAUUAAGCAAUUUAGGGUACAGUUGGAACAAAACCCAGCAGGGACAGUGGCCCUCCAGGAUUGGAGACCCAUGUUCUAGACCAUGGUGCUCAACUCUGGCCCUUGUGAUUUACUCCAGUCCUGGUCUUUGUUAAAGCCAGGUCCUACAUUUAGUUAAUUGCUCUUAGCCCCUUCAGUUAACUGCAUUAGAACCUGCUUGGAGUAAAAACCUGGACUGGAUUGGAGCCUGAGAGCCUGAGUCGAGUACCACUGUGCUAGACUCUUUGACAAGAUGUUUUGAUGUGUUUAAAAUGUACGUUCCUUUUAUAAUAAAGUGUAAACUGUU